AUGACUUUAGCACCUGGUUCGCUCACCACUUGGGAUGCCGUAGCUAAGAAGUUUUUGGAGAAGUUCUUCUCUACUCAAAAGACAGCUACUUUGAGAGGGCAAAUCUUUAACUUUAAACAAGAUGAUGGAGAACCUUUCAAUGAAUGUUGGGAGCGUUUCAAAGGGCUGUUGCUGCAAUGUCCACAUCAUGGGUUACCUCUUUACUUACAAAUGCAAAUUUUUUAUGAUGGACUAACCCAAACAUGUCAAUCGACUGUUGAUAAUGCAGCAGGUGGAGCUUUGAAGAAAAAAAAUGCUCAGGAGUCAUAUAACAUUUAUGAGAUGUUGGGAUCUAAUGCUCAACACAAAGAUACAAGAGGUAAACGAGUUGGAGUGUAUGAAAUGAGUUCUAAUAAUGAUCUUGCCUUGCAGGUGGCUAGUUUGGAAAAGAAGCUCGAUUCUAUGCUCAAUAUGGUGCCUAAGAUAGCUGAGGUGUGUGCCAUUUGCAACAUACCAGGUCAUCCUACUUAUCAAUGCUCGGCUAGUGAGGCUUAUCCCGAAUUCGUUCAAGAGCAAGUGAAUCUCAUGAAUUCUUACAAUCAGAGGCCGAGGAAUGACCCGUUCUCUAAUACAUAUAACCCUGGUUGGAGAGAUCAUCCCAAUCUCUCAUGGAAGAAUAACAAUCAAUUUCAAAAUUUCCAACCAAAGCCUGCCACUACGCUUGAAGAUACGGUCAAAAUGCUAGCUCAAAACACCGUUCAAUUCCAGCAAACUACCAAUAGUACUCUCCAACAACAUUCAGCUGCUCUAACCAAAAUGGAGACACAAUUAGGUCAGAUUGCUGAUGCUUUGAGUCAAAGAGAACCCGGAAAAUUUCCAAGCCAACCGGUGAUACUUCAAAGGAACCAAGAGCAAGCCAAAGCGGUCAUAACACUUAGAAGUGGUAAGGUUAUUAAUAAUGGAGUUGGCAAUGAAGUUACUAAUGAAUCUGAUCAUGUGAAUGCAGGCCCCACUCAAGAAGAGAAUGAGAAACCGAAUGACGAUCCAAGCAAUGCCACUUCUUCGUUUGAAGCUCCAAAUUUUCACAAGGCUGAAAAACCUUACUCUCCACCCAUCCCAUUUCCUGGAAGACUUGCCAAAAGCAAGCAGGAUAAGUCAUUUAAAGAAAUUUUUGAUAUUUUAAGUAAAGUGAAUGUUAAUUUACCUUUGCUUGAUGUCAUUAGGAAUAUGCCAGCGUAUGGGAAAUUUUUCAAGGAGCUAAACACUUAUAAGAGGAAGUAUGGACCUAAUGAGAAGGUGAUGGUGUCUGAAAAUGUGAGUGUUGUGCUUCAAAGAAAGCUCCCACCAAAACUCAAGGAUCCGGGCAGUUUUUCUAUCAAUAUCACCAUUGGAGACAAGCUAGUUGAAAAGGCUAUGCUUGACUUGGGGGCUAGCAUCAAUUUAAUGCCCUAUUCAGUGUAUCUUCAAUUAGGUUUGGGGGGUUUGAAGGCAACAACUAUUUCAUUGCAACUUGCUGAUCGAUCAGUGAAAUAUCCAAGAGGUAUAGUGGAAGAUAUCUUAGUUCAAGUUGACAAACUAAUUUUGCCUGCUGAUUUUGUAGUGUUGGACAUGGAAGAGGCUCCUCUACAUGAUCGUGAGUUACCUAUUUUGCUUGGGAGACCCUUUAUGGCCACGGCAAAGACGAUCAUAGAUGUGCAAAAUGGUCUCCUCACCAUGACUGUGCUAGGAGAAACUGUACAAUUCAAAGUGUUUGAAUCUCUUUCUCACCCUUCUAGUUCAAUUGAUUGUUGUUCGAUUGAUGUGCUUGAUUCACUUGUUUUCUCUAAGUUUUUGCUGGCACAAUCCAAUGAUCCAUUACAAUAUGUUUUGAGUCAAUCUCAAAAUGACUUUGAUGAAGAAGUGCUCAUGGAGAUGGUGGCUGCCUUGGAUGCAUUAAAACAAUACCCCUCCACUUUUUCACGUCUUAUAGAGCCAUUAGAACCAUCUGCCACACAUCUGAUCCCUUCUAUUGUUAAACCUCCAAAACUUGACCUUAAACCACUUCCAUCACAUCUAAAAUAUGCUUACCUAGCUGAGUUUGAAACUCUCCCAGUUAUCAUAGCAUCUGACCUCACCCCUUUGGAAGAAGAUAAGCUAAUUAGGGUGCUAAAAGAGUUCAAAUCAGCCAUUGGUUGGUCUAUUGCAGAUAUCAAGGGAAUAAGCCCUACCAUGUGCAUGGCAAUUCUUAGAAAGGAGUUUCAACCAGGUAUGAAAGUACUUUUGUAUGACUCACGUUUGCGACUGUUUCCAGGUAAAUUGAAGUCUAGAUGGGUUGGACCAUUCAAAGUGCUUCAAGUAUUUCCCCAUGGAGCUAUGGAGAUAGAAAACAUCAAGAAUGGCACCCGUUUUAAGGUCAAUGGACAGCGUUUGAAGCCUUAUUUGGAGAAUGUUUCACAGGAGCAGGUUUAUGUCGUUAUAGAUUCUCUCGAGUUUAUGGCAACUUAG